GAGAAGAUGUGGACAGCGGCAACACUGGAGAAGCUUAACACUAAAACAGAAUUGAAGAAAACAAAACAUACACAUUUCCCCAACUCUCCCCACUAUACGUUGAAUGUACUUGUCUAUAUAAAACGCGGUGCUUGAAUGGCACAAGGUUUCAUUUCUGAGUUUUCUGUCGCUGUGCUGCAGUGAAUGCAUAUAUAAAAGAAAGGAAAGAAAGAAGAAAUUGAUAACACAUUGAAGUGAAAAGUGAUAAACAGAUAAAGAUAUACAGCCAGAGGAAAAGGCAGUGAAAAUAAUAGAAAAUUAUAAAAAGUUGUCCCGUUUUGGAUUAAAUUAAUCUACAUUCAUAAAGAGAGCUGCAAUAACUGAGAGGCAAAAUGGAGACCAAGGAAAAAAUGGAUACUGAUUCUAUUGUAGCAAAGCCUGAAUAUGCUGCAUCGGAAUAUUCAACAGAAGCACCUCCGGCAUACAAACUUCAAUCAACGAGCUCAGUCAGAAUCGCCAAAAUUAUUUCAUUUACAAUUAUUUUAUCAUCCAUAAUUUUGGGCUCAUUUUUGCUUGCCUCUACAUAUUUGCAAGCUAAAGCAACCUGUGAUCAAGUAUCUGUAUUAGAUGCCGUUUUGGAUAAGGAAUUAAUGCUCGAAGCAAUGCAGCAGGAUCUUCCUCGACCUGAAGCACUUCAAACUCGUGAAGCUACUAAUAAUGUUGUACAAGACUUGAGUAAAGAUGAAAUGAACAAGCCAAAUAAGAAAGAUGACACUAAUCCUGAUGAUGUCGAGGCAAUCAACACAGAAAAUGAAAUUGAUUCUAAUGACGAUGAUAGCUUGAAAAAAAUUCGUGUUAAACUUCCAUUAGACUUUGAUCUUACUGAAUUGGCACACAACCUUUUAAUCAACAAUCAAAAGUCACGCAUGAAUUGUGUUGUUGAGCGUCGUCGUACUGAAGAAAUGAAUGAAAAGGCAAUGAACCCUUUCAGUGCAUUCUUAGGUGAAGAAGAACCAAAAGAAAAAGUUACAGGAGAACGUGUUUCAAUCUUCUGCGAAACUGGUGCACCAAAGGAACAAGAACCAGUUGUUCAUGUUCGUAGAAUAAUCAUGCCUUUCCCACUCGGAGGUCCAGGUCCAAUGCAUAGAUUUGGUCCACAAAUGCCACCACAAAAUCAACCCCCAUUCCCAAUGCCACAAUUCCAGCCUCAAAAUCAACUUAACUUCCCACCACAAAAUCAACUUAAUUUCCCACAUCAGAACCAAAUUAAUUUUCCACCACAGAACCAGAUCAAUUUCCCACCUCAAAUGAGAAUUCCUUUCCAACAACCACAAAUGCCAUUCCAUCCACCACAAAAUAUGCCAAUGCCUCAUCAUCAACAACAAGAGGAAUUCCCACCAAUUCCAGCCCAAAUGAUGAGCCCACCACGUCCAGAAAUCCCUCAAUUCCGUCUCAUUAAUCCAGCUCAACAACCUCAACAAAAUCAACUUCCAAAUUUUGAAAGACCAAAUUUCGACAGACCCAACUUCGAUAGACCUAAUUUUGAGCGUCCACAACCACAAGAAAAUGAGAUGAUUCCACAACCAGAAGUCCGUAUUCAAUUACGUCGUAUUCAAGUUCCAGGAUCAAUCAGUGACAUUUUCCCAUUCUUAAACAAUCUUAACAACAUGAACAACAUGAACAACAUGAACAAUGAGAAAGAUAUGGAAGCACGUCCAAAUGUUCAAGUUCAACAAGUUCCUUUAGCCGUAGCGCUUUCAAAAGUCGGAAUCACACCUGAUGACUUGAGAAAUAUCCAACGCAUGGCUGAAGAAAAGUUUCAGCAACAUAUUCGUGAAUUAGUAGCAGCUGAUGACGAAGAUUCCUCAGGCGAUACAGACUCAAAUCAAUCAGACGAAGGGGAAGAAGUUAUUAAGCCAGAAAUUACACAAGAGGAAAAAUCAUCAGAAGAAAAAAAACAGGAACCAGCACAAGUAGAAAAAAAUGAAGAUGCCCCACAAAUUUUGGCAUUAGGACGUUCAAAUUUCGGACGCAGUUUGAAUCCAAUUCAACUUCCAAUCAGGCCAGAAAUUCAAGAGGCUGAACGUGCUGAUUUCGUUCAACCAAGAUAAACUCGUGAUUGAAUCUUGAGAGUUUUAAUAACAUCAUAAAGUCCUAGUAAAAAGCUAAAAGUUAUGAUCGACAUUAAAACAUCUCAUGCUUUCUCCUACCUACUCUCUUCUCUUCAUCUUGCUUUCAAGAAAGCACAGAACUACAAUACAAAAAAAACUAUUUAUGUAUGCAAAGGUAUGCAAAAUGAGAAGUGAAAGAAUUGUAAAAUUGUGAUGUUAUAAAUAUUUAAUAAUUGACAUUUUCACAUUGAAAUAAAUCACCUCCAAAAUAAAUGGAAGGCGAAUAAAGUAUUAAGAUAAUUGUUGACUUACUGACAAAAAGUUUAUAUCAAUAUUAAAAACACACAACAUGGAUAUGUUAAAGUCUUUAAUAUUUCGAAUAGAUUUAUAGAUUGUAAAAAAAUGUUAUAAGCUGUAAAGAUGUUGAAAUGGAUGCAAAUAAAGUAAAUUUUAAUUUUUUUUAAAUAGAG